GGAUGGGCGACACUGGAGACUAGAAGCAGAGAGGAGGGCUGAUGUUGUAAAACACACUUCUAUUGGAUGGACUGCAUGAUUAUUAUUAUUAUGUAUCAGCAGAAGGACACUGUCAUGCAGCAUCUCUCUGCAAAGCUUUUAUUUUGCCAUUUCUGCUUGUAUUUUCCUGAGAUCCGGCUGUAGAUCACCCAGUGAGGAUGCAAGGGCAGAGAGAUACAGUGAGAAAACCGCAGCAUUCCUUCAUUCUGCAGCAGCACACAUGAGGAUGCUGGAGACACAUGUGCUGCUGUCAUUUGAACCUGACUGUAAACAGAGCAGAUGGCAACACAAUCCCAUGCUGCACUGCUCACAGAAUGGACUCCAGCGGUGACGGCAAAGAGGAAUGGACAGAGGAGCAGUGGGAGAAAUGGUUGACCCAUGACAUGGGCUUGGACGGAUUUGAAGAUGAGGACCUGUCUGAAAUCACAGAAAUCGGGGAUGAAUGUGCACUGAGGUCCAGGCACGUGGACUCUGACAUCAAGGAUCAUGUGACCCAGACACCCAACAGCGGCCUGGACGAGGUGGAGGCCGGCGCAGCGGGUCAGAUCCAGGCAGAGACACAUCCCUCACAUCUUACUGAUGCUGCCCACAGGAGCCAAAGAGAGGCUUGUCGAGCAUCAAUGGACUCCGUCGUUCCUGUCAGCAUCAACACCUACCCCCAAAAACCAAAAAGACCCACCACUCUCAACUUAUUCCCACAGGUGCCACGGACUCAGGACACUUUAAACAACAACUCAUUUGUGAAGAGGUACAGCUGGCAGCAGAAAAUCUCCCAGACCUUGCCACCCUUUAAAACAGGUGAACUGGCGCCUUCUCGUGAGCACACGUGUCUGAGCGACGAAGAGAAGCACCAGCCAGCUCAGAUUCGGACUCAGAUGAAAGAACGCGGCACCUCGACCGACAAACCCAACAGUUGCCGCUCCAAACACACUCAAGCUCCUGCCCCACCAUACAAAGCCAGAGACGUGCACAGAGGAGAGGGCCACUGCGAGCGCAUCCGUUAUCACACAGACGUCCGGCUUGAGCCUACGGAGGAGAUCUUUCUGACGCCCAUACAGCGCUGCACCGAGGCUCCGGAGCACGAGAGAACGCCGGCGCUUUCCCAAGUAAUCCCAGACAGCUCUGACAACGAAGCUCCCCCUCCGUACAGCGAACAUGAUCUGCAGCCGCCGUCCUAUUCCUCCUGUGUGGAGGUUCUGGCUGCUGUGGAGCCUGACAGUGAAGAUGAAGAAGCAACUGGAGCCGAAGAGCUGUGUUACAGAGACUGCGGCGCUGGCGAGGGUUUGUCGGGAAUGCUGCAGACCUCCGUGAGCAACUCGGACGCCAGCGGACUUUCGUACGAUUCGGUCAAAUACACGCUGGUCGUGGACGAGCACGAUCAGCUGGAGCUCGUCAGCUUGAGAGAGUGUUAUCACGGAUACAGUGACGACAGCGACUCGGCCACCGUCUACGAUAACUGCGCCUGCUCUCCAUACGAGUCGGCUCUUGAGAAAGAGGAUGAGGAGGAUGAGAAUGAAGAUGGGGGAAGAAAACAAAGCGGGAUCAAACAGGAUGCUUCGACGUGUCUGUCAGAGGACUCCACGCCUGAAGCCGACAUGCAGUUUUCUCGGAAAUUUGUUAACGUUUUCAUGAACGGCUGCUCACGCUCUUCCAGUACAGAAUCUUUUGGCUUGUUUUCCUGCAUGAUUAACGGAGAAGAGAGAGAACAGACGCACAGAGCAGUGUACAGGUUUGUCCCUCGUCAUGAUGACGAGCUGGAGCUGGAGGUCAGUGACCCUCUGCUGGUGGAGCUGCAGGACGAGGAUCACUGGUGCGAGGGCUACAACAUGAGAAGCGGAGCACGCGGCAUCUUUCCCGCUUACUACGCCUCUGAGGUCUUCAAGGAGCAAGAGCUUACUCCAGACACAGAAAGUACUGAAUGGAUGGAGAAAUAUAGCAUGAAAUUCCUGGGCUCGGUUCAAGUGCUGAAUCACAAAGGCAAUGAUGUUUUGUGUGCCGCUAUGCAGAAGAUAGCGAUGAGCAGGAGACUGACUGUGCUUUACAAUCCUCCCUCGUCCUGCGUCCUCGAGAUCAGUGUGAAGGGACUGAAGCUCACGGUGGAGGAUGAUUUCCAGACGAGCAGCCAAUUUAGUCACUUUUUCCAUUUGAAAAACGUCUCAUUCUGCGGCUACCAUCCCAGAAACAAGAAGUAUUUUGGCUUUAUUACCAAACAUCCAGCGGAUGAGAGGUUCGCCUGUCACGUCUUUGUGUCUGAGAACUCCACCGAACCGCUCGCAGAGUCUGUGAGGAAAGCCUUCCAUUUGUACUAUAAAGAGUUUGUGGAGGUCUCGUGUCCAACAGAAGACAUCUACCUGGAAUAAUCCCUGACUGCAACACAGCAGUGUAUAUUACGACUAUAAUAUCAAAGACUAAUACACCUGACAAACGAGAUGAAGAGUGACUGAGGCCUGUAACGUGAUGCACAUGACCUGAUUGUGUGUUGGAUUUCACCAGACAGAUGCACAAAAGAAGAACCAAAUGAAAAACCGUACAGUAUAUAAAAGGCUGGAAAUAUUUUCCAGAUAUUGAGGAUUUUGGAUGCUUUCUCUGCUCUUGAGCUGUACUUCAGGCUUCAUAGAAGAUAUUUUUUCAUUGCACAAAACCAAGCAGUUUCAUAAAAUAUUAGAAAAUCUUAUAAACAGUCACCAGUUUAAUAAGACGAACAAAUCUAAUAUUUCAGCUGCUUGUGAUGUCUUGAUGUCUGUUGCGUUUUACAGGAACACCAGCACAAUUCAUUCCUAAAACAAGCCUGAAAAGUGACGCUCAGAAGUAUUAUGUUCAGCUGAAAUCCUAAAAUAGGACUCCUUUGUUACUCAGUCACCAAAUGAAAGACUAAAAAUCUAUAAAUAGCUACAAAAGAGUUAUAGGGCAAUUUUAUCAUAUUAAUAAAGUCAUUAACAGUUGAUCAGAAAA